UCAGCACUUAGCAGCCCUCUCCCUCUCCCUCGCCUAUUUUUUUUUUCUUCAUAUAUAUAUAUAUAUAUAUAUAUAUAUAUAGAUAUAUCCAGAACAUUUCGUCUGAGGGUACUAAAUAUAAUCCUCAUCUCCAUAUUGAAUACAAUCAAAUAUUCUGGUAAUCUUUUGCAGCUAAUAGUCAAAUUUCUCCAUUGAAGUGUUACAAUUGCGUUUACAUAGAGAGAGAGAAAGGGAGAUAAGAACAAGAAAUUUGUUUAAGUUUCUUAUAUAUAUAUGCAUGAAAUUCAAGUGGAGGAGGACGAUUGAAUAUAAUGGAAGAAAUUGAAAACAGGCAAGCACUCAAAUACGCAGAGAAUCUCACUCUUCCAGCAUUUCAGGUGAUCGUGGUUAGUGCAAACAUGGGCUGUGAUCAUUGCCAAGAAAGAGUAUCGCAGUUAAUUUCCAAGAUGAACGGAGUGGAGGACUGCGUGGUGGACGUCGGUAAAGGACAAGUGACAAUGAGAGGACUAAUCUCAAAUAAUAAGAAGAAAAUGAUGAUGAAGAAUAAGAAAAAGAAAAAGGAUCGCCGAAUAAUAAUCAGUGGCAGCAACAAAGAGACCAUCAUUGAAGGUCUUACGGCUGUUAAAAGUUCUUCAUAUGCUGUUUUAUUUUAUCUCUUCAUGAAGCCCAUCACUACUUGUUGCGAUUAGCACCAAAAAAUUGAAGUGUUCAGUAUGUUCUUCUGUGCUAAUAUAUUGAUUGAUUGUCAGUCUAGCUAGCAUAUUGUGUAUGCGUGAGCUGAUUUGAUCUCUAUGUGAAUACAAUUAUGGCUUUACUUUCA